AUGGUUGGAGCAAUUGAAGCUUGGAGUAACAGAGUACAGUAUUAUCAAACAGAUAGUUUGACAUUAUUAUCUUCUGAAAUACCAAUUAAUGCUUUUGAACAAAUAAUGAAUAAUGCUAUUAUCUUGAAUUACCUACCAACUUUUACUAUCUUUAAAAAUUCAACCACACUAGAAAAAUUAAAAUAUAACAUUAUUAAAGAAUUU